AUGAUAAAAGACAAGGAAGCAGUAAAAGAAGACGAGGAAGAAGACAUUCAACAUCGCCUACAAGAUCUUAAGAUUUCUUGUCCUGAAAUUCAAUGUUUGAAUGACUUAAAUGCCACUCCAAUGGACUUAAAAACGAAUCUCAAGCUCCUGGAAUUACAAGUGACACAGCUACGGACGCAAUUACUGGCUGCUGUAGCGCAUCGUGAAGACAAUGACGUGGCUUUUCGACAAGCAGCAGAGUAUGCAACAGCUAAAGGUUCAGCCAAUGGGGUUCUCCAUGCACUCUUUGAUCAGGCAAGUGCUGGGAAAACAGCGGUUCUAACGGCCUAUUUAGAUACUGGUUCGAUUCCUACACGAGACGGACUAAGACAUUGUAAACUCGAUCUUCGUACGAUUCGUAAUGAAGUUGGAGCUACGCUGCUUCAUGUGGCAGUAGGGGUAUCCACUGCAAGGCAAAAUGUCAAGGUGAAGCUCGUGCAUUUGCUAGUGGAUAGAGUGGGUUUUGAUCCGAAUGUCCAGAAUGUGUUUGGACAGACACCGUUACAUGUUGCAGCGAUGGGAGGAUACCCAGAGGUGGUACAAGCGUUAUUGGAUCGAGGCGUGAAUCCCAUAGCUCAAGACAGAGCUGGUUUUACUGCAUUGUCGCUCGUUCGGACGUUGUCAAGACCUCCGCAUGAGGUUGUUAAAUUAUUAGUGGAUGCAGAAAGCGCAGCAAUGCAGAGUAUGCGCGUGAGAUCGGAUUCGGUCCACUUAUCUAAAGCGCUUGCGUCAGCUUUAUUCCUUCGAGGAUUGUCUCCGUUCACUCUGCCACAUCAAUCUGGUGCAUUUGCUCAGCAAACUGCAGCGCUGGUGAACAUAUUUCUAGAAGGUGAACAAGAAGGUGACGUGGCCUUUGACAAACUUCUCCAGGAGCGGGUCUCGAUGCUGUUCGAUGCUGUGCCUACUUGUCAAAUUGUUCGUCUGGAUACAAUCUUUGCAUGCAGCCUUUACUCGGACUCAGGUUUUGUUGACAAUCUAAAACUUGAGGCAGAUAGAUAUGGGUUUUCACUCGUGUUGCCAGCCGUAACUUCUGCUGCGCUUUUUGGACCGACUUGGGUGGGUGUGCUGUUAAAGCUCGUCCAGCGUUUCAAAGUGGAGAUGGCCAAAGCUGCGUCAACUGAUUGCCCAACGAACGACAAUUUGGCAGCUCCAGCUACUUCAUGCGUUUUAAACGACGAGGACGUGGUGAUUGAGGAAGGUAGUAAUAAAGAGCUGAUAGCCUCGCCACUGCGCAAGUUAUCGACGACCUCUUUGUCUUCGUCAUGCUCGGUCGACUCACGUUCCGCAUUGUACUACGCGGAUCAGGAGACGGCUACUGCUACAGCCCGUAAAGUUUGGUACUACGCGGUGUUGUUCAAGGCCUCGACGUCCUCUUUUCCAGGAACGCUUUUGGUAACGCCCGAGAGCGAUGUUGCAGUCUCAUCAGAGGAGGUGUCCAUGUAUUUUCCGCUGGAAGACCGCCUUUUGAUCGGCUCGGGAGAGUAUUUUGCAACCGAAUACAACCCACAGACACGCGAAAUUCGGCUGGAUCGUAACUACGAUGGAAAAGAAGCUGUCACCGUGAAGGCAUAUGUUACAGGAGCGUGUUCAUCUCAGCGGCCUCCUUAUGUUGCACUCAAAAGGAUAUGGGAGCGCCAGCCCGGUAAUAAGUACGAAGACCAAAUGAGCAGCGAGCAGGAACUCUUUCAAGACUACCAGUUUUUGGAUCCAGAAAGUGAAUACGAGGUAGCAAUCAAACUCGGGCCAAUACCGAGCAGAAAGGAUGCGAAAGAAAUUGUUGCAGAAUGGAAGCGAGCUGCUAAGCAGCUUUUCGAUUCUCGAGAAUGCAAAUCUGAUUUAGCGUGCUGUCAAUAUUAUUGUCAACAGCGUAAUGGUCAUUCCUUGUGUUUGGGUACGUUAGCUGUACUUGGACAAGGUCUUGCCAAAAGUCGUCUGGGACGCAUAACAUAUUCCAAGUCUUUGAAACCUCGUGCCUCUCUUCAACGCCUUCAGAAUCGUUUCAGAGGAACGGAAGAGUGGCCAGGUUCAGCAUCUAAUGUUACACCAGUGAUGCUGGCAAGUCCACCGUAA